AUGGCGACCGAGGAUGAUAACUUUGACAUUGACAUCUAUGGGGACGGCGGAGGCUUCAACGGCAACGAUCCUGGUGACUCAAAACAUGCCGGAGAUGACCUUGACAUUGAUAUUGGGGAACCAGAAGCACAGGCAAAGCCCACCGCGAACAAUGCCCAACAAUCAUCUUCAACAACAACCCCCCAGAAUCCGCCUUCCCACCCCACUCCUUCUUCACACGAAUCCCGUGCCACGCAUCCCUCACAGACCGCACCGCCUACCAACGGGGACCAUUCCAUGUCUCAUGACCAGCGCCCCACGCCAGAGGGUUCCAGUGCGCCUCACGGUGUCAAACGCAAGGAUUAUGAGGAUGGACCCUCUGAUCCCGACGCCACCUCUGCCCUGAUGAUCUCGGACCUAUUCUGGUGGACAACCGAUGAUGAUAUCCGUGGCUGGGUCAACAAAGCAUCCGCGGAGCACGAUCUCAAAGAUUUGACUUUCAGUGAGCACAAGGUCAAUGGCAAGAGUAAAGGGCAAGUCUAUGUUGAGUUCACCACGGUACAAGCUGCGCGGGCCACCAAGAAUUACCUGGACAAUGCUACCGACCGUAAGCACAAUGUUCAGUACUGCAGUGCUCAAUUCAACCCCUUCAAAACCCUCCCCAAGGAUGCUCCUAUGCGCAAAGAUGCCUCACGAGGUGGUGGGUUCAACUCCGGGGGCAAUCAGAAUUUUGCUGGCCCUGCCGGCGGCAACAAUAUGCACCCUGGUGGCUUCCGCGGCCGGGGCGGAUACAAUAACCGGGGGAUGGGCAACAUGGGCGGCUAUCAUAACCGCAAUAACUUCAAUAACAUGGGUGGAUUCCAGGGUGGUGCUGCACCGGCAGCUGGCGGCAUGAUGGGUGGUUUUCAAGGCAACCCUAUGGGUGGCAUGCAGAACUAUGGCUUCAACAACCGUGGUGGCAUGAUGAAUAACAUGCGUGGCGGUCCCGGUGGUAUGCGUGGGGGUCGAGGUGGAGGUAUGGCUGGACCCGGCAUGAUGAUGCCGGGGAUGAAUCCUAUGGGUGGUAUGGGUAUGAAUCCGAUGGCGGGUGGCAUGAAUCCCAUGAUGGGCAAUAUGGGUGCCAAUAUGGGGAACAACAUGGGCAUGCAGGGUUUCCAAGGUCCCAACCCGGGAUUCAAUCAGAAUUUCUUCGGGGGCAAUCCUGGGGGAGAUGGUAACUGGAACCCUCACGGCGCAAAACGCAGCCGCCAGGAAUAA